AUGGCGUACCAUGUCGGCGCCUUUAGGUGUCCAUCAUCUUACCAAUUGAUGAAGUACCUUUUAAAAUCAAAUCAACGCGCCCAAGCACACACUUAUACUGGUAUUCCAACCCAUGUCAAAAGCAAACUUGGUCGAAGACUAGACAUUGAUCCGGCCAACCCCGUAGGUCAGACAGCUGAAAUAAUUAAAGACUUCUUUAAGAAUAACUAUAAUGAACACCUGAAUACAGGCCCACCAUUCUCAUAUAUCUCAUUUGAUUCGCAACCUGUAACUAUUAGAGAUAAUUUCGAUGAGCUGCAGGUGCCGCUGAACCACGUCAGCCGGGAACCGUGUGAUAAUUUCUACGUUUCUGAUGAAUAUGUCGGGAAUUUCGCUAGACAGAAGGCUGAUUUACACCCAAAAAUUAUAGCCGAUGUGAAAGAAGGUCGAUAUACAAAUGGUGUAAUAAAUCGCAUGGCAAAUGAAUUAGGCCACUCAAAACACAGGGUACUCCCGACCCAUAGCACUUCACAUCUGCCCGAAAUACUGCGUAAUGGAUUGAGACGGGCUAUAUAUUCAGGUCAGGUAUUUCGCAGGGAUGCCAUUGAUUCUGAGCACUACCCGGUGUUUCAUCAAAUGGAUGGCAUCAUGCUGUUUACGCGUGGUGAAUUGGAGGAAUUUGGUGAGACAUACAGUGAUUUAUCUGGCAAUCCAACUGAUGAAGAUCUGAUAAUCCAUCAUUUGAAGGUUACAUUGGAAAAACUGCUGGCACACCUUUUUAGCAGGGUGGUAGACACAGAUGGCGACAGCCAUAUUUCAGUGGCAACGACUAAUGAUAGUUCGAGCAAAGCCAAGAGUGGUAGUGCUAAUAAUUCAUCGAAAGCGAGUAGCGACUACAAGGAAUUAGUCAAACAACCAUUGAAGGAAUGGUUACAAUGGGAUAGCGAUACUUCGUUCCCUUUCACUGACCCCUCAUUUGAAAUAAAUGUGAAACUUAACGGAGAAUGGGUGGAGAUUCUAGGCUGCGGAAAGUUGAAAGAUGUUAUCAUAGACAACAUCAUACGGAGCAGUGGUAGUAUGGAGAGCUCCAGUGGCGAGGACACAGAUAUUGUUGGAGGAUGGGCCUUCGGAAUAGGUCUUGAACGUUUGGCCAUGGUUCUCUGCCGUAUAACAGAUAUACGACAGUUCUGGGAAGAGGACGAACGGUUCUUGCGUCAGUAUCGAUGGUCCAUUGGUUCGGGUAAAUUGCCGGUUUUCAAACCUUAUAGUCGCAAUCCUCCAAUAUCAAGAGAUAUAUCUUUCUACAUCGAUGGUUCAGCUAUGGAUAAACGAAAGUUCGACGAAUCUGAAUUCAGAUAUAUCUUUGACGAGCUCUCCCGCGAUUAUGUGGAGGACGUAGCAGAAAUAUCGCAAUAUAUACAUCCCGAAACAGGGCGCAAAAGCGUAUGCUACCGUAUAACUUACCGUGCCAUGGGUGAGAACCUAACCAACGCAUUUGUCAACAAGAUUCAUCAGCUUGCGCUUGAUCGUAUCGUUAACACGUUCAACAUAGAGUUGAGAUAG